CUGAUUAUCACUCCGGAAGACGGGUUACCAUCGCUGAGUCAUUGGUGUCAUCCAUAGCGAUGGAGGGCUUCUCGUCUCCCGUGGGAUCCGCUGACACUUCAGACCCGAAGAUCACAUGCAAUAAGAUAGCGAUCAGAAACCAGACGCUGUCCAUCGAUAGGGGAUGGGAAGGCAUUCCCGAAAGUAUUCUUCUCAAUCUAAUCAUAUGUUUGAUACUAAUUGUGAUAUUUAUAAUAACGAGACAAUUGGCCAGAAGUCGGCAGCGGAAACGCCAGGACAGAGAAUCGACCGAAAAUGAUGACGAUUCAUGGCUUCAAUUCAUUUAUGGCGACCGAAAGAGCGCUUCGGGCGACGGAACCGAUGAGCCGCCGAUCGGCCGAAACCCUGUGUGCGCUCCGAUUCCAUACCAUUGCCAUCAAUUGAAUGACGCGAAUAUGAUAUUCCCGCCGCCGAACCUCUCGCCGUCCACUUCUCCGGCCAAUCAGUCCAUCAAUAAUAGGGCACACAUUGAGUCGGCCGACGAGUUCGCCGGCGAAGACUUGGCGCACAACGAGUCCAUUGAGAUUCAGUUCAAUCCGGGAUCGAAUCAGAAUUUAGUCAAUUUGGACGCUAACCCGAAGACGGGAAGAGGGGACGGGACGGCUGUUAACGGCGAGACCAGUGGCGGCCACUCGUCCAGCGAUCACAGCUCUGUCCUUCAGACCGUCAUAUCAUGCUCGACAGAAUCGUUGCGAAAGUCUGCGAAUUGGUUCCACGCCUUCCUUCGCAUAAAAGACGACCAGAUAUUGCUGUCCAAAGGGAGAGACGCCUAUCAGUAUCUCGUCUUUCAGAGAUAUAUUAUCUACUUUUUGGCGUUACUUAGCUUUGUAUGCAUUGUAAUCGUAUUGCCCGUCAAUAUUCAAGGAGAUAAUGUGGACACGGAUGGCAAGGCUUUCGGUAAAACAACAAUUGGUAAUCUGAGUUCGACAUCAGAUUUGCUAUGGAUUCACGCGGUGUUGGCGGCGAUUAUAAUGCCUAUCGGAGUGUUUGCAAUGAAUCACUUCUCAAAAGUGAUCAAAUCAGAUGACGAGCACAUCACUCGCCGAACACUUCUGAUUCGACGGAUACCCAAAUUCAAGAACACGAAAGAGAUUCUUAUAAACUAUUUCCAACAGUCGUUCCCCGACUGUCCCAUCACUGGAAUGCAAAUUAUCUACGAUUUCGUCGAACUCCAAGACCUGGAGCUCGAGUACCAGAAUGUGAUGAACGCUAAGGAGUACUGCGGCAGACAUAACAUCAAAAAGGUUGGGCUGUUGUUGCUGUUGCUGUUGUCACUCCGUCGACGGUUACGACUAUUACAGCGAACGGCAGACAGCAGACAUAACAUCAAAAAGGGUAAAAAUAUGACAAUCAGACCCCACUGUAUGGGUCAGUUGGGCUGUUGUUGCUGUUGCUGUUGUCACUCCGUCGACGGUUACGACUAUUACAGCGAACGGCAGACACAAAUCGACGGCGACAUCAAGAAAGAGUUGGACAACUCGUUCGCCAGCCCUACCGGUUCCGUAUUUAUCACGUUUGAGACCGAGAAGCAGGCCAUGGAGAUUUACAAGUAUAUUAAGGAGAGACAGAACACAUGCAUGUGUUGUGAUUGUGUGAUUCGGGCCGCCGUUUGGAUGACUAGUGUUUUCCAUCAAAAACCGGUCGAUUCGCUAGACCUGAGCCGAUGGCAGGUGUCAUACGCUCCCUAUCCCGAUGAUAUCAAUUGGAAAGACCUUACAGUCGACUACAAGUGGCUUUGGCUCCGAAAAGUGUUGAUAUAUCUGUUUCUGUUCAUAAUAUUCUUCUUUCUGUCCACUCCUGCCAUCCUCUUGAAGUGGCUUUGGCUCCGAAAAGUGUUGAUAUAUCUGUUUCUGUUCAUAAUAUUCUUCUUUCUGUCCACUCCUGCCAUCCUCUUGAAGGUCAUGGAGUUAGUGGCCGACCAGCAGAAGAUACAGGAAGGCUUGGCUAAGAUUGUAUGCAUUCCUACUCUUAAGACAAUAUCUAAUGCUGACUUUAUUCCUCCGCAGAGCUCAACACUGAGUGACUUCUUGUCGCCUCUAUUGUUGAUGUUAAUGACGAUAGUGUUGCCCAUAAUAGUGAUCACUGCGUGCGAACACUUGCCUUACAAGACAAUCAGCGCAUUGAAUCACGCGGUGAUGUGGAAGGUAUACGUAUUCCUCGUGAUGAUGGUUAUCAUCCUUCCGUCCACUGGUUUUGUCAGUACAAACGCCUUUCUGGAGAUGAUAUUAUCGACGAAUGAGACGAAGAAGUUUCGGUGGGAGUGUCUGUUCCCGGUGGACAACGGGGCCUUUUUUGUCAAUUACGCACUACAGGCGGCCUUCUUGGGAAAUACGGUGGAAGUGCUUCGUUUGCCCGAACUUUUUCUCUACCUUUUCUACUAUCUGUUGACGCGUUCGGGCGCCGAAUACAAGAACGCCCGCAAACAAGUGGUCUUCGAGUUCCCAUUCGGUGUCAGUUAUCCCCGCUUUUUGCUGAUCUUCGCGAUGACCGUCACGUAUAGUCUCGCGUGUCCUUUGAUCGCACCGUCAGGCCUUUUCUAUAUGAUUAUCAAACACAUUGUCGAUCGCUAUAACAUCUACUAUAUCUAUACGCCCACUAAAAUCAAUGGUCGGAUCCACUCGACGGCCAUUCUGUACGUUCACAUCGCACUUCUGAUGAUGCAGUUCCAGGUCUUCACGUUUCUGUUGAUGCGCACCAAAGGGUCUAAUGUGUUGGCCUUCUCUACGUUUGUCCUACUGAUAGCACUGUUGGUCUUCUCCGGCCAUUGCUUUUUCCAUUGGUUCCGCAAUAUUAAUCACUUGACAUAUAGUGUACGAAAUGGACAGUUGUCUUGUGUGACGACUAAAUUGAAUACAAGACACCGGAAGUAUGACUACUGUUCGUGCGCUUACGCGCCGCCCGUUUUCAAUGCAUUACUGGCCGAUGGAGUGGUCACUAAAGAGCAACUAAUCGCCAGCAAUGGUCUCAACACUUAAUCCAUUCAAAUAAUUGACAUUUUGUUUAGUAAUUCUUACGAGGAUUUGAUUUAUUA